AUGGCCACGAAGGACACUUUCCCGUUGGGUCAAGUACCCACGCUCGAGAUCGACGGCGAUGUCAUGACCCAAUCGUACGCUAUGAUGCGGUACGCUGGCCGCUUGAGCGGACUGUACCCCUCCACGAGACCCGCGCUGGCGCUUAAGAUCGACGAGGUACUGUGUGUGAUGAGCGAGAUUGAAACCCGGAUGGUGCAAUCGUUUUACGAGUCGGACGUGGCCAAGAAAAAAGCCAUGCAGGAAGAGCUGACGACCGUCACGCUCCCUCGCUACGCUGGACUCUUGGAGGCUCGUCUGCAGAAAAUGAAGCAGACGCCCUUUUUCCAGUCGGACCGCAUCUAUGUGCACGAAGUAGCCAUCUACGUUUGGAUCAAGUCGCUCCGGUCUGGCGUCAUCGACUUUAUCCCUACGACGGUGUUGAGUAGCUACCAGUUGCUCAGCGAGAUGCACGACAAGGUUGCGAACCACCCGAAAGUCCAAGAGUGGUACCGGCUCGAGCACAAUGCACCCAAGCUGAAGCUCACGUACUUUCCCGCUCAAGGUCGUGGCGAGCCAAUCCGUCUGGUCUUUUAUAUCGGAGACGUUGAGUUUGAAGACGAGCGCGUCCCACUCGAAGAGAUGUUGGCGCGCAAGCCGUCGCUGCCGUUCAACCAGUUUCCAGUGCUAGAAGUGAACGGUGAGAUGAUGUCACAGGCGCUGGCGAUCCUUCGCUAUGCUGGCACCAUGUCGGGACUGUACCCCAUGACUGACCCGAUCGCUGCUUAUCGGAUCGACGAGCUGCUAUCAAUCAUGGAAGAGAUGUUUAACAACCCGCUAUGGGGUGCCUCGCACCGUGAGAAGAACAUGGAGAAGAAGGAAAAGCUGCGCGCUAAACUGGCGACUGUCGUGCCCAAGACACUGGGUUUCUUGGAGAAGCGCAUUGCUAAGAACAAGGGUCCCUAUGCGGCUGGCCCGAAUCUCUCUGUGGUAGAUGUUGCAAUCUACUCUGUCCUGGUGGACUUUACGAUGAACCUGCCGAAAAUGAUGAGCACCAUGCGAGACUCGUAUCCAAACGUGUACCGUGUGUACGACCAGGUACUGAAGCACCCGAAGGUCGUGGAGUGGAACGCAGCGCACAGCCAGUAA